AUGCAAUGGGCUGACCUCCGAGGGCUGCGCAGCUCGACCCGAAGAGUUGCCCGGAUGACCACAAUCGCAGCCCGACGACGGCUCCCGCUGUUGCAGCAGCUGUCGUUCCCGCACACGACCGCGCCUACACUCCGACAGUCCUUUCGAGCAGAUCACGGCCCCGGCACACGGCUCUUCUCGGCCCAACCGCAACCCAGCUCCCCGGACCAAUGGGGCAAGAAGAAACCGUCAAGAAGGGAGGAGCCAAAGUCAAAGUCGCCUUCGCUGUUCGAGGAGCUAUUCCCAAACGAUGAUGUGUCCUCCUCCUCGAAUCGACGCAGCAGUGAAAAGGCCAAUGGAGACAGCAAAGGCAAGGUCAAGGUCCGGUUCAUGACCUCCACCGACCCGGAAAAGUCCGAGGCGACAGAGUACAGAAUGAGACAGUUGGAGCGCAAGAACAGGUCAGGCAAGACGGGAGGCGAAGCGACCGGCAAGAUUGCAGACUUUUUCGAGUCGCGGGCUCGGGAAAAGGAGAAAAAUGACAAGGCCGUCGACGGAGAGAGCUCCUCCAUUUUCAACGAGCUCUUCUCGGCCCCGGGAUCGGGAGGAGCAGGGGCGACGGCAGGGGCAACGGCAGGGGCAACGGCGGGAGCAGCAUUUGGGAAAGGAGGCGUUGAAGCCUUGUUGAGGAACUCCCAGGCCGAUCAGAAUCUAUCCGAAGAGAGAUCUGUAGAUCACAACGACCUCCAGUCCUGGAUCGACUCGCUCCCGACAGACGACGCCGCCGCCAACACCGCCUCCUCUGCAGCAGCGUCCCCUGAAGCGGCGGCGGCCAAGGCAGAGCGCCCAGCCAUGCUCAUCCUCUCCAACGCCAGCCCGAACCUCCUGGAGACUGACUUUUACCGCAUCGGUCCCCAGGGCCAACAUCUCGACGGCUGGAGCGCCUCCAUCCGCAAGGUGAUGCAGGCCUACGACUACAGCACCCUGGAGCCCAUGGACCGCUACUUCAUCCUCUUCGACUCCCACACCGCGGCAGCAGCCUACCAGCGCGAAGCACAGCGCCUCCACGCCCUCGCCGGCCGCUCCCUCGCGUCCCCCGCCGCCGGCCUGACCUCAGCAGAAACAUCAUCCGUCUCAGCGCCCUCCAACACAUCAACCUUCAGCCUCGCGGCCCCAUCCAAGACGCCCUUAAGUCUACACCUUUACAAACUCAACCGCGCAACCGAAACCCGCCUCGAGACCUUUAGCAUCCAAGGCCUCCUAAGCAUGACCCCCGAACCGCCCCCGCGCGCAAACGCCCACGUCGUCCUCUCCCUCGACGGCGGCACCCUCGAUCAGCGCAGCCUCUCCCACUGGAUCCGCCGGGACGCCCGCGACCGCAACCUGGGCUGGCCGGUGCAGCACCUGCGUGCCUACUUUGCGCCCAAGGUGGACCGCAGGACGGUGACGGCGGCAGAAUCACCCGCGGAGAGCGCGGAAGGCCUCGUGUACGACGACGUCGACGAGGCCCCGGCGGUGAUGGAGGCUGACUCGGGACGGAGAGGCACCCCCGACGCGCUGGACGAGACGGCCCCGUCUGCCCGGUUUGUGGUCUCGUUCCCGGACGUGCACGAAGCACGGCGUUUCGUUCGCGCGUGGCACAAAAAGGAGCUCGUCCUGACAAACGACCAGAGCGUGAUUGUGAACACGCAUGUCGUGUGGUGA